UGUACGUCAAAUGAAGCAGCAGCACCGCGGAGAGUGGCUGUAGCUUUCAGUUUAAGCCGUGCUCAGCUCGUGAGCUUCCUUGUCAGGUCGGUUGAAACCACACGGAAAGCCUGUGAUCAAGAGACAUGAUGGAGGAAAAGGGUGAUACAAGUGCGUACGGGGCUUCGCUCGCAGGAGGAGGCUUCAACUUCAACAAGUUUAUCCGACAACCUCAAACUAUCGUGCGGCUGCUGAGUUGGGUCUUUGCCAUAGUGGUGUUUGCCUGCAUCACAACAGAGGGAUACAUCAACCCUUACCACAGUGCCGAGGCGAAGUGCAUCUUCAACCAGAAUGACUCGGCAUGUCAUUACGCUGUUGGCAUCGGGGUGAUCGCCUUCCUGGCCUGUGUGGGCUUUUUGGUGUUGGAUGUUUACGUACCUUUCAUGAGCAAUGCACAGGAGAGGAAAUACGCUGUGUUGGCAGACCUGGGAUUCUCAGGGGUGUGGACCUUCCUGUGGUUUGUGUGUUUCUGCCUGUUGGCCAGUCAAUGGGAUCGCACACGUGAUAUUGGCGGUAUCCCACAGGACGCUGCACGUGCAACCGUGGCCUUCUCAUUCUUCUCCAUCGCCACCUGGGGAAUCCUAACCUACUUUGCUCUGGGUCGCUUCCGCCGUGGUGUCAAUGAAGUUACCAUCCCAACCUACACAGAGCCACAACCAGAUCACCACACCCCCUACCCCCCGACCUACGCCCCCACCUCCUACAACCCCACUACGUACACGCCUACCACUUACACAGCCUAUCCCAGCAAUGUGGCCGAAGUGCACCAGCAGCCUCCCUUCACCCCAAACCUUCAGCCACAAGGGGACGGCGGCUAUCAGCCACCCAACUACUGAGACAAAGGGAGGUCACGUGGACGAGGCGGUGUUCCAGGUCGCCGGAUUGCAGUUGCGCUGCACAGACUCAGAGCUAUAUCAUAUUGAUGUGAUUUUACAUUAGAUUUAACACACUUAAAGUGAAGCUGAGCAGUGCAACUGCAAGCCAGAGAUGAGGGACACCACACUUUACGUCGAGGGAUCGCAGCUCUCUGGUCUGAUCUUAAGACAUCAGGCUGAGAGUUGAGAUUAGUGCUGAUGAUUGGGCAAUCAGACCUUAGACCUGUGUGCAAAGAUGCAACUUUUACCUCAAAUGGGCUGAUCGUAAAGGGGAUAGGUGGAUAGAAUGUACCCAGGAGGUCAAAGGUCACAUAAUGUGGCUUUAAUAAGAAAACAUGUGGCAGCUCCAGUCAGGGUGGAAGAGGCCCACACAUAACGUGUUUCUCUUCACUCUGUUGGAUCGUAAGAAUGUGCAUUUGUACAUAGAUUUCAUGAUGUAAAGCUGCCAUUUUAAUGGGUGUAUGUGCCGGAUUUCCUUUUCUUAUUUGGUUAAUGGAUAUUUUGUUUAUCUUGAAAACCUAUAAACAGUAUAGAAAUGCAUUGAUUUACUUUUUGCAAAUGUGGGAGUAUUGAGGACAGCGGGAAGAGACCACUAUAAAGCCAAAUGUUCCUCUGUGAUUUAGUUUUUGUGAAAUGUAAAGAUUAUACAAUUAAGUUUGUUUGCCAUAAAACCACCUUUUGAAGGAAUGUUUUCUGGGUUCUUUGUGCUACAGUAAAACAGCUGACAUGCUUUACAUCGACUGAGCUUGAGGGAUCACUAAAAAAAAGAAAGAAAAAAAAAGUAUGGUGGUAAAAAAAAGGUUGCAUGUGCCAAACUGUAGAUGAGUUUCUUGUACGUUCAUAAUCAGUGUUUCCCUUUAAGUCUGUAGCCUACAUUCAGAUAGGAGGGGGGGACAUGUAGAUAACCGUGCAAUUAUUGAACGGGUUUAUCCACCGAGCAUAUCCCCAUACUGAAGAGUAACUUAUUAACUUUCAACAAUGUUUCCUCUUCAGCCUGUGAACAGAGUAGCCUCAGACUUCCUUUAAGGUCUUGGUAUCAUUUAGUUUUCUGAACACUGAUGUUUAUCUGCUUCUUAAUGUGAACUGUUGAAGAACAGACGGCAGUGUGUAUGUCUGUAAAUACGACAGAUUAAAACACCCUAACCGGCAGGAGUGAGAAUCACACACCUGUCCUCAAGUCUACUGGUUUACUUUGUUGCUUUGUGCUUGGUGCUUGGCAGUAAUGUGUUUUUAAUCAUCUCAGCUCCAUUGACUGGGUCACAUUCUGGCUGUUGUGACACAAAAGAAUUGGCCUAAGAUCAGUUUUCAUUCCAAGGUUGUUGCGGUGGUGUAAGCAGAUUUUUAGAUCUGUUGAAUGACCAGGUGUUGUGGUUAUAAUUAUUAUUAAGAGUUGCAGUACAUAGGAGAAGAAAACAAAACACAUAACUUACUGAAGCCAAAUAUAUGAAAAACAUUGAUUUGUCAUAUGUGCCUCAUGGAGAGAAACUUUAAAAGGGUAUUUUUGUAGAGGAAAGUUCAUCAGAAGACAAUGUGCCAUGAUUAAACCACAAAGUUAAAUUUAGGUUGAACAUCUGUGUGUCACAGCUGCUCUCACUGCUAUGCUUGAGUGAUUUUUUUUUUUUUUUUUUGCAUUGCUUGAUUUUCAUGCUCGGGAAAAUCAGAUAAAUUUGUUCCUCAAUCAACUCUCAAAAUCAAUGUCUUUAUACAACACCUUGUUAUAAUUACCAAGUUCAAAUGAAUCAACUGACUGUCUCCAGCCUCCACUGCAUAAUAUUAUAGUAACAAGAAGAUUCAAUGUUUUUCAAGUUUUGAGAUGAGUACAUUUUUGGUACUUUGUUUAAUUAGUUUCAUGGUCCAUGUUUUAGAUGUGAGACUAGAUUGCUCUGUAAAAUAACUUAUGAUUUGUAAUGCCUACAGCAAAUGUUUUAUAAAGACUGGCACAAAAAACUGA